AUGCAACGAUUAUUUGCAUUUCUUGUCGUCGUUUUCAUUACUAAAAGUAAUGAUGUUUCGGGUGAUUUUCGUCCUCCAGCUGUACCAUUAAUCGUAUUUAGUCCUCAUAUAUCAGUUUGGUCUUGUUCGGACAAUCUUACCGAUUCUGAUACUGUUCAUUGGAGUGGAUCACCUCUUGCAUUUUAUGGUUUAAUUGAUAUUGAUAAUUCUCAAACAUAUCGGUUUCUUGGUACUCAACCAUCAAAUAUUCCACCUUUAAUACAAAAUAAUGUUGUUGUACAACCAUGGCGUACAAUUUAUAAAUUUUCUACACCAACAAAUACAAUUGAACUUAUCGUAUCAUUUAGUCAACCAACAUCAAUUGAAGAUCCUUAUACUUAUAUAACAUUUGAUGUUCGUACACUUGAUCAAAAAACUCAUAAUGUUCGAAUUUAUUUUGAAGAAAGUUCAAGAUUAAGUAUUAAUGAUAAAAAUGAAAAAAUUUCUUGGAAUCGAAUCGAUGGUGAUAUAACUAUAUUAACUAUGAAUAGUUAUAAUCAAAUUCCAUUUGGUAUACGUGGUGAUGCAACAAGAAAUAAUUGGGGUUAUGCUCAUUUAAUAAGUUCAAAUAAAAAUACAACAAAUGGUUAUCAAGGUUUUGGUGAUAAUCUUCGUCAAGCAUUUGUUAAUCAUCAAAUAAUGCCAAAUGAUGAUACACGAAAACCACGUCAUGCUGAUGAUCAAUCACCUUCAUCAGUAUUUAUAAUUAAUUUAAAUCAAGUUACAUCAACAACAAUUUCAUCAUAUUUAAUAUUUCUUUAUGAUGAUCUUUAUUCAAUGUUAUAUUUUGAAGAUUGGCAAAUACCAUGUUGGCGUAUUGAACUUAAUAAUAAUGUAACAUUACUUAUAAAUGAAGCUGUUUCAUAUUAUCAAUCAAAUAUGGCUGAUAUUACAGAUUCAAAUGAAUUAUUAAUAACAUUAUUAACAAAUACAGGUGGUACACAAUAUUCAUUACUUGCUUCACUUGUAACACGACAAAUAACAGGUGCAUUAACACGUACAUGGUCAAAUAAAUAUAAUCGUCCACAAUUAUAUAUGAAGGAAAUUUCAUCUGCUGGUGAUAUUAGUACAGUCGAUGUUAUUUUUCCUUCAUCACCAUUUUUUCUUUGGUUACAUCCAGAAAUCUUACGUGAUAUGCUUAUACCAGUACUUGCUUAUGCUAAUAAUGAAACAACUAUUGAUUAUAAUCUAUCAUGGGCACCUCAUCAUUUAGGAACAUGGCCAGUUUGUGAUAUUUUACCUGAUGAACAAGAACAAAUGCCUAUGGAAGAAUCAGCAAAUAUGUUAUUAAUGCUUGCUGGUAUUGUACAAAGACUUGCAAAGACUGAUUUUCUUCAACCUUAUUGGAAUGUUAUGGAAAUUUGGGCACAAUAUCUUAAUAGUACAUUACCAGAUCCAGGAAAUCAACUUUGUACAGAUGAUUUUGAAGGACCAUCACCACAUAAUUGUAAUUUAGCAUUGAAAGGUAUUUUAGGUUUAGGUGCUUAUGCAAUUCUUUUGAAUUCUACUGGUCAAACACAACGUGCUACGAUAUAUAUGAAUCAGGCACAAGAACAUGCAAAUUAUUGGAUGCAAGCUGCACGUGAUGAUGAAAAUUAUCGUCUUCAAUAUGAUCUACCAAAUACUUGGUCACAAAAAUAUAAUCUUAUCUAUCAAUCAAUUUUAUCAUUAAAUUUAUUUCCAUCUGAUGUUGCUAAACUUGAAUCAAAUUAUUAUGCAACAAAAAUGCUUGAUUUUGGUAUUCCACUUGAUUCUCGUUCGAAAUUAACGAAGACUGAUUGGACAUCAUGGAUAGCUGCAUUUAGUAAUGAUCAACAACAAGAAAAUGAAAUUUUUAGUAAAAUAUAUAAAUUUGCUAAUGAAUCACCAGAUCGUAUACCAUUUAGUGAUUUUUAUAAUGCAUCUAAUGGUCAUGUAUUAGGUUUUCGUGCACGACCAGUUAUGGGUGGAUUAUUUAUUCGAGCAUUAUUAGAAAGUCCACUUAUAGAAAAUAUUUAUAUUCAACCGACAAAACCUUCACAACGUCGUGGACGAGUAAACAAAUGUGAACUAUUAUAA